AUGCCAGUCGAAUCCACCCAAAAUCCUCCGGCUCGUAGCUUCCGGGGAUUCAUAUCAACUCGCCAGAUCCUGACGCGCAAUAAACCCCGUUCGCCCGCCCCCUUUCCUUUGACCAGCGGCGUCAUGUUCCUCCGAAGCCAGAAAUGGCUGUGGUUGUGUCUGAUUCUGCUUCCACCCCAGCUUUUGCUGGUGCCCGUAUCAUGCAACACAACCACAAACUUCACCAUUGGCCUGAAUUACUGCUUUUCCGACUUCUUGGACUACCCCGAAGCUGCCUAUCUGGUCUCGGCUGUCCAGCUUGCUAUCGAUGACAUCAACCAGAAUACAACAUAUUUACCGAACGUGUCUCUGAGAAUGGUGGUCCGCAAUUCUCAAGACGACACAGGCACUGGAAUGACAACCUUGCUAGAUAUGAUCCAAAACGAAAACAUCCACGGGGUCAUCGGCGAUACCCGCAGUCAGCUGAACGAAUACGAGGCCUCUAUAACUGGAUACUACGAGGUGCUCCAUGUCGGCCUCCAGACAUCUGCAACUAUUCUAUCCAACAAGACCUUGUACCCGACAUUCUUUCGUCUUAUUCCGUCAACGCGAACCUUUACUCAAAGCUUCUUUGCGUACAUCAAAGCCAUGGGAUGGAACUCGAUUGCUAUCGUAUACGGUCGUGAUGGCUUUGGAGAGGGAGCUGCCAGCGACGCCGUCGAUAUAGCGAACAAAAUGAACAUGAAAAUAUUGCUGAAGCAGGGAUUCUAUGGAGCGUCGCUAGGAAAUAGAAGCGAGCUUGCCAUUCCCGUACAAAAUCUCAAAUCCUCAGGGGCAAAGAUCGUGAUCCUCUGCGCUGUUGUGCCAUACAGUGCCGAUUUCUACUACACUGCUUAUCAAAAUGGGCUUGUCGGCAGCUCCUAUUUUUGGGGGGGAUUAAAUCCGCCGUACUCGAAUACGAUUGAUCUGUCCUGGUUUGACGCGGAUCCCGUCCUGGUAGCACGCGGAUAUGUCUCUCGAAUGAGCCCGAUCCAAGCCAUUACGUACAGUGUCGACUCCGAGCUCAACUACAUCAAGAAUUAUUCAUACGAAGGAGUCGGAGCAAAGUACAUCUUUGAUGAAAACGGAGAUAUGCAGAAUUCAAUAUACGUUCAGGCAUUCCUCAACACAACCGGAGCCAACAUCGAAUAUCAUACAGUCGCCAUUUACGAGGACAAUGUACCGAGCGACAAGAUCAUAUUUGGUGGGUCAUAG